GUACAAAACUCGUAGUGACAUUACCUAGAGAAAUUAAUUAUCAAGCAUAGACAAACGGUGUAAAGAUAAUAAAUAAAAAAAUCAGUCAAAGUUAACUGAGAAUAUAUUGUGUAACUCUUGAAUAACAACAUGAAAUUCAAUUGAAAUGAGAAGAAAGCAGAAGCAGCAGCCAGAGAAGCUUGUCAACAGUUGCAUAUAAAUAUAUGUACAUAUCUCACUGGAUCAUAUGAUUUCCUAAUAAUAAAGCAAACAAACCAAACAAAAACAAAACGAACGUCAGUCAAAAGGAAAGCAUAAGAACAACAGCCACAACAACAACAACAAACAAAAUCGAAUUUGUCAUGUACACUGUAAACAAGGGACCUAGCAAAAUUGUUGCUAAAACCCGCCGCGGUCUAGCGCAAAACUUUGAAAAGUUUGAGAGUAUCAAGGAGAGCACAAAGAAAAAUGGUAUCAGCAACAACUUUGAUUUGAACAGUCCCGAGAAGAAUAAAAACAUACCGCGUCCGGUGUUUCAACAAAGCUUUGCUUCCAAGCGCAUCACGCCCACCAAACUGAUUGAGGACGAGGUGAUAACGCCACAGCAUGAGGAAAUCAUACGCUAUAUAAACGAUUCUUGGAAUAUUUUGGUCGCACAAAAUCCGUAUGAUUCGAGCUCAACAAAGGCCGAUGGCAAGGCUGAUGCGAACAACAACAAUGCCAGCAGCUUAUCAUCUGCAUCGCAUCCGAAUCCUGUGGACAGCAUUAUAGCCAACACACCUGUGGCGGCAUCGGCUGCGCCCGCUGUGUGGGUUGAGCCACCAAGUCCGGCACUGAACGACUUUAAGCCAUUCGAUUUGGAGUCGUGGUGGGGACGUCGCUUGUUCCAGAACAUUACCAAAAGCCUUUAGACUGAAAAUCCAGGCCACCACAAUCUAGAGUAGUUGUCUAGUCGGUGCUUCCUUAUUUUUCACAUUUCAUUUCGACAUUAGUUAUAAUAUGGUACAUACAUAUACUUAUAGAGGUAGCGAUUUGAUACGGGGCACAUAUAGAGCAAUCUUAUCUAUAUGAAUGAUAUAAAGUUUUUUUUUUAUUAUUUUAUUUUAUUAUUUUCUUAGUGUGUAAAAGUAAACUAAUGAAUCAUCACACUAUUAGUUGUUGGCCGUGUAAAUAAUUCGAUACAAACGACAAAACGAAAGCAUUGUAUGAUUCUGUCAUAUUAAACUAAAUAUCAAAUCUGUUAAGUUUUAUGCUCUAAGAAAUGUUGUAUAAGAGAAUGAUCAUCGCAAUAUUAUAUAGUGUCUAUUCUCUGGUCGCUUGCCAGCUGCUUCAAAUGAACAAUUCAAUGUAUUCAUUAAAUGCACAACUAAACAAAGCUGUGCACAUUUUUAAAAUUGUAGCUGACGUCAUACAAAAUUCUAAGUUUUUCGUAAUUUUAGUAGAUCGUAAGCUCGUUAGAAUAGCGCGACAAACAAAAUAUUUGUUAACUUUUACUAGCAUGCUGUGCAAUUUAUGUAAAAAUAAAAUAAAGGAAACGAAUACUAAACUACUA